GACAGAACCAUCAUGUUAUUUUUCUAAAUCAAAACAGAGCACGUUGGUGCACAAGUUGAAACUUAUCAUCAUAAUUACCCACUUUUGAACUCUUGGAGACAGAAUUUAACUCAACCAGUUUGUACAUAUCUAUACGUUUCAUUGGAAUAUACAACAUUAGUAUCUCCAGUGCUUUUUCAACUGUUGAUAAACAAGAAACUUCGUCUUGAGUAUUAAACAUAAGAAAAACCCUGAAAAAUGAAGGUGACUGAGUUACCAGGAGAUGAAGACUCAGGCCCAACAUGCAGGACUUAUGUAUUUCAAAACGAAAGCCACACAUUAGGCAAUGCAUUGAAAUGCAUUAUUAAUAGAUAUGAGGAUGUAGACUUCUGCGCCUACACAGUCCCACACCCAGCAGAAAACAAAAUGCACUUUAGAAUCCAAACAAAAAAGACACCAGCGCUAGAAAUAUUAAAAAGAGGUUUUCAAGAUUUAGAAAAAGUAUGUGAACACACCAUAGAUUUAUUUGAAAAAGAAGUAAAAGAGUUUAAUAAAAUGUAAUAAUUGUUUUU